UCUCCUGGCGCGCCGGCUCGGCUCCGCGUGGCUCCUCGCUCGCCUACACUAGAAAACGGAGACGUUCCCGCGGCCUCCUCGCGAGUGAUGUCCAGCGAUGUCAAGUGAGUGCUGAGGAUGUGACGGUGUUGGCCUGCCCCCGGCCUGCCCCUGGCCUGCACGACGCCGCUGCCAUGACGGCGACCGGGAUGCCCCCGUCGCCACCGAGGCCCAGGAUUCUCCACACCGCCGACGGCCGCCUAGACCGCCAUGCCAGCGCACACGACUGGUAGGCGAGGCAUGCUGCUGGUGCUGCUGGUGCUGCUGGUGCCCGUGCUCGCCAACUACCCCCUGUUCGAUGUGGCCACGCGGAUGCGCGUGCUGCUCGUGCCGCGCGACGCCGCCGUCGGCACCGUCAUCUACCGCCUGCGCGCCACCGACUCGGACUUCGACUACCCGCUGCACUUCGACGUCGGCGGCGAUGGAGCGCCGGGCGCCCAGGUGUCCGUGGUGCGGCUGGACAACCUGCCCUGCACGCGCAACAUGUCGUACUGCCAGGCCAACGUGGUGCUGGCGCGGCGCCUGGACCCCGGCAGGGUGUACGACGUGCGGCUGCGUGUCCGGGACUCCCGCGGCGACGCCACCUCCAUCGACGCCAUCGUGCAGCUGGGCAACAACACGACGCCCAUGGACUCGACGUUCCCGCGCAGGCCGGCGCUCAUCAUGGUGCCCGAGGACACGCGGCCGGGCACCGAGCUGGAGUACGUCAUUGUGCGCAAGAACCCCCGCAACAGCAGGCACGCCAUCGUCGAGCUGUGGGGGUCGCCGCUGUUCACGCUGGCGCAGCGACUGAGCUCGCGCACCGAGACCAACGCGAGCAUCAUCCUGGCCGGGCCCCUGGACUACGAGACGCAGGCCAUGUACACCCUGGACCUGUACGCGCUGGACCCGUUCGUGGAGCCGGGCCAGGACACGCGCAACAUCGCGGGCUUCCAGGUGGCCGUGGUCGUCGUGGACGUGCAGGACACGCCGCCCGAGUUCAUCGAGGCGCCGCCCGUCACGCAGCUCGACCCCAACCUCCAAGUGGGAGACGAGGUGGUCCGCGUCCGCGCCGAGGACGGCGACAAGGGCAAGCCGCGCCAGAUCCGCUACGGCCUGGUGUCCGAGGGCAGCCCCUUCACCACCUUCUUCACGGUGGACGAGCGCACCGGGUCCGUGACGCUGGCCAGGCCACUGCCAGAGCUCAUGUCCAUCGCGCGGCCGCAGCAGCCCAUCCUGCUGACGGUCAUGGCGGAGGAGGUGCGCACCAACGUGGCCGAGCCCCCCGCCAUGGCGUCCACCGUCACCCUGGCCCUGCUGCUGGGGCCGGCCGCCAACUCGCCGCCCUACUUCGACCACCCCAGCUACGUGAGCCGCAUCGCCGAGAACAGCCCCCAGGGCGCGCCACUGGUGUUCGGCGAGCCGUUCACCACGGUGGUGCGCGACGACGACCAGGGCAAGAACGGCGUGUUCUCGCUGUCGCUGGACAACAACAACGGCACGUUCGAGGUGCUGCCCGGGGUGGCGGAGCAGCGCGCCACCUUCGUGCUGCACGUGCGCAGCGCCAUGCUGCUGGACUACGAGAUCAACAAGGUGCUCAGCUUCAAGGUGGUGGCGCGCGAGCUGACGCCGGACUCGGCCCUGUCCGCCACCGCCGACGUGAUGGUGUUCGUGGAGGACGUCAACGACAACCCGCCGCGCUUCCUGGAGGCCGAGUACCGCGCCACCAUCCCCGAGAACGUGACGGCCGGGGUGCGCAUCGCGCAGGUGCAGGCCACGGACGUGGACACCGGCGAGUUCGGCCACGUGCGCUACACCGCCAUCCUGGGCCGCGUCAACGGGUCGCUGGCGCUCGACCCGGAGACGGGGGUCAUCACCGUGUCCAAGGACAAGCACGACUUCGACCGCGAGGUGGCGCCGGAGUUCCGCGUGGACGUGGAGGCGCGCGACGAGGACGGCGCCGGCCUGCGCGCCACCGUGCCGCUCAUCAUCCGCGUCCUGGACGUCAACGACGAGACCCCCAAGUUCGUCCGCGAGCCCUACGAGCUCAUCCUCGCCAACGACCGCGCCUCCUUCUCCUCGCCCGCCUUCCUGCAGGCCACCGACGCGGACGCAGAGCCUCCCAACAACCAGGUUCGCUACGAGAUUCUCAGCGGCAACCGCGGGGAGCACUUCGCCCUGGACAGGGAGACGGGCGAGUUCACCGUCAAGACGCCGCUCAGCCCCAGCGAGUCGGUCAUCACCGUCAACGUCCGCGCGUACGACCUCGGCGUGCCCCUGCGCUGGACGCACGGCAUGGUGCGCGUGUACCCGCCGGAGACCCGCACGCGCACCAUGGUGUUCAUCGUCCCCGGCGUCAACCCGGACCCCAAGGCCACGGAGGAGACGCUCAGCUCCCUCACCGGCGGCAGCGUCACCAUCAAGGACAUCCGGCCGUACGACGGCGAGGACAUGCCGGGGUCGCCGCCGGGGCCAAAGAGCCAGGUGACCGCCACGGUGCUGUACAACACGCAGUCCGUCGUGGACGUGGCCAGCCUGGAGAAGCGCCUCAAGGGCAACAAGACGGCCAUCAUGAUCGGGGAGAACGUGGUCAAAGAGUACCGCGCGGACAGCGGCAACGUGCUGUUCUGGGUGCUCAUCUUCUUCGCCGUGCUGUUCGCCCUCGCGCUGCUGGCCGCGCUGCUGUGCUGCUUCUGCCACGGCUGCCCCUACUACGCGGGCCACAGGAAGGGGUCGCGCGUGCACUCCGCCGAGAACGUGCAGCUGGUGAUGCACGAGCAGGCCGCCGGGGCGGACAAGGGGGUGCAAGCUGGUUGGAUGAACCGCCGGCAGGAGGCGUGGAGUGCGAGCGGCAGCGGGCGCGGGCCUGCAGGACAAGGAGGCUACCGCGGCGGCCCCGUCGAGUCCACCGUGCCGGGGCCGCGGCUCGUCCUGGAGCCCGCGUCCCUGCACGGCUCGCUCAGGGGCUCCCUCAGGGGGUCCUUGCGGGGCUCCAGGCCCAACUCGGCUACGCGGCAGCACCCCGUCAAGGUGAUGCCCCUGGACGCCGCGGCCCUGCAGCAAGGCCACCAGGCCCUGUACGUGGAGGACGUCGACGGCGGCGAGUAUCGCGUGCUGGACCCGUCGCGCAUCCUGGUGGCGCAGCCCAUGCACCGCGGCGGCGACGUCGGCGUGCACAUCACCAUGAACCAGGCGCCGCCGCCGCAGCAGCAGCCAACCAGAGAGCUGCGGCCGUACACCCACGUGGAGGAGCUGCAGCAGCAGCCGCAGCAACAGCAGCAGGGCAAGGACAUCAUCAUGAAGCGCUUCAUGGAGGACCAGGAGCAGCAGGCGUCGGACGGACUCAACAGCAGCUACCACGACAUGCUCAUGGGACAGGUGGCGGGGCUGAACGCGUUGCACAGCCUGAGCCAGGCCUCGCUGGUGCAGCAGUACCUGGACCAGCAGCGCGACGCGCUCGGGGGCGGCGCGGGCCGCGGGAACUCGCUGCUGCACCGCUUCCUGGCCGAGGAGGGUCGUCGCAACGCCGAGGCUCGGCAGCGCAUCAUGGCGGCGCUCGACCUCCAGGACACCCAGAGCCUGCCGCCCGGGCCGCUGCUCACCACGGCGGCCGCCACGCAGACCGACGUGGACUCGGCCACGCAGACCGAACCGCUGCACCUGCGGCCGCCGCGGCGCGAGGUGCGCUCCGACAACGACUCGCUGUCCUCGCUGUCGGACGACGACGACCUGGACCGCGGAGGGCGUCGUCGGGGAGGUCGCGGGGACAGCGGGGCGUACAGCGACCGCGAGGACCGCGGCGGCGGCCCGCGACGUCGCACCGCCUACCGGCGCUCGCACCAGCGCUACCGACGCUACCGACGCCGCAAGGACCUGCUCCGGCACAACAUCAAGACGCCCAUCCUGGAGGAGAACGAGAGCUCGUUCGAGGCGGCCGACCUGGUGCGGGCGCGCGCACGCGUGGCGCACGUGGACCAUUUCAGCCAGACGGACAGCCACGCGCAGGUGCAGGUCAACUCGUUCGAGCUGGAGCCCAUCAAGAGCCUCGUCAGCGUGUGCGUCGGCGACUCAGAAGGCUCGCCGGUGGAGAACGCGCCGGACACCGCGGCGGACUACUUCGAGGCCGACUCCCUCGACGGCCAGCUCGAGGCCGACGCGGCCUUCCAAGGCGCGGUCGCCGAGGCCGUGGCGGAGGCCCUGACGGAGCGAGCGCACCCCGCCAGCUACUUGGACUCGGGCUACUUCGACAUGGCGGCGCUGUCCGCCGUCAAAGACGCCGUGGCCGAGGCCGUGCGCGAGCUGGCCAACGAGAAGCCUUCGUCGCGCAGCCCCAGUCGCAGUCCACAGCCCAGUCCCGGCCACGGCGCGGCCUCCAACGCCCCCCAGAUGGACGAGCUUCGGCCGCCGUCGUCGCGCCCCAGCCGGUCGCGAGAGGGCCGCGAGGACGCCGCCAGCCCCGGCGGACCCAGUCGCAGUCGCAGCCGCGCCGAGUCGGAGGGCCGCGGACUCCUCGGCCACGACCUGGCCGCCUCGGACACCGGCCGACGCAUCCCGCUGACCGAGGUGGCGCGGCGCGUGAGCGACGAGGACACCAUCCGGCGCCUGCACGAGGAGGGCGUGCUCUCCGUGGUGGCGCCCGCCGAGCGCGCCGACCGCAACCCCGCCACCUCCGACAAGGGCGGCGCCUUCGACGACGACCUGGACUCCGGCAUCGGACCGUAUCCGAACUGGGAGACCAAAUCUCUCCAAAGCCCCAUCUUCCUAUGCAUGAAUUUAGGAAGGGGCCUGUCUACCUCUACUCAUGUUGGUCAUGCAGUUUGGGUGCAGCCCCUGAUGUCUCUUUUUUAUACCAUGCUACUUGUAGUGUUACCUAUCUACACAAAUUGA